GUGCCGCAGCCGUUUGGGAGCCCCGGGCUCUAAGAUGGCAGAGCGGCCUUCAGGAGAGACGGCCGGCCAGGUGUGCGCCUUCCUCUUCAAAAAGCCUGGGCGGAAAGGGGCUGCCGCGCGCAGAAAGCGUCCGGUGUACGACCCAGAUCCCGGGGAAAGCAGCAGCAGUGGCGACGAAGGCAGCCCUGUGGUUCGGCCCGAGCAGAGGCGGGCGGCCCACAACCCCAUGAUACAGAAGACCUGUGGCGGCGCGAAGCGGAAGGACGGCAGCCGCGGGGAGGAGGAGGAGGCGGGAAAGGAGCCCGAGAGCCUCGGCGUCGUCUACAAGUCCACCCGCUCGGCCAAACCCGCGGGCCCCGAGGAUAUGGGGGCGACGGCCGUGUACGAGCUGGACACGGAGAAGGAGCGGGACGCGCAAGCCAUCUUUGAGCGCAGCCGAAAGAUCCAGGAGGCGCUGAGGGGCCAGGAGGAUGACAAGAUCUACCGGGGCAUCAAUAGCUACCAGAAAUACAUGAAGCCCAAGGAUACGUCGAUGGGCAAUGCCUCCUCCGGGAUGGUGAGGAAGGGCCCCAUCCGAGCGCCCGAGCACCUGCGAGCCACCGUGCGCUGGGAUUACCAGCCCGACAUCUGUAAGGACUACAAGGAGACUGGCUUUUGCGGCUUCGGAGACAGCUGCAAAUUCCUCCACGACCGCUCAGAUUACAAGCAUGGCUGGCAGAUUGAACGUGAGCUUGAUGAGGGUCGCUACAGUGUCUGCGAGGAUGAAGACUACGAAGUGGGCAGCGACCAUGAGGAAAUACCAUUCAAGUGUUUCAUCUGUCGCCAGACCUUCCAAAACCCCGUGGUGACCAAGUGCAGGCAUUAUUUCUGUGAGAGCUGUGCCCUGCAGCAUUUCCGCACCACCCCGCGCUGCUAUGUCUGUGACCAGCAGACCAGUGGCGUCUUCAAUCCAGCCAAAGAACUGAUGGCUAAGCUGGAGAGGCACAGAGCUGCAGCAGAGGGCAGUACUUCCGGUUUCCCCGGAGACCCCCCAUGAGGGCCCAAUUCCCAACACAGACGUUUCCCCUAAUUCUCAAAGCUCAAAAUAAACAUUCUGUUGUUCUUUUGGAAAUCUUAAAAUACUUGAAGAAAUGUCAAGUUUUAAGUGAAAAUGCUACAAGUUGAAUAAUAUAGUUUUCAGGAACUCUCAAAAUAGCCAUCCUCUAUAUAGGCUUACAUUCUAGUGAGCCCUUGUGUGAUUUUUUUUUUUUUUUUUUUUUAAAGAACAAUAUUGCCACCUAAUGGUGAAAUACAUCUCAGCCAUUUCAGAGGAGGCUGUGGAGAUUUAAAAUUCAAAUGCAAAAGACAUUGAUGAUUCUGUGGAAUCCCAAGGGAGGAAUAACUGAAAUAGGUGUGAGAGUCCGUAAAUUUAACACUGAAAGACACAUUAGGAAAGCAAAUUAGUACACUGAAUAUCUAGGAUUCAUUAUACAAAUUAAAAAGAGACUAAACAUUACCAAAGUUAUUCAAGGCAUACAUUUUAAAGAAAAAACGGUCUCUGGGUCUAGCACUGUGGUGUGUCGUAGCAGGUAAAGCUGCCACCUGCAGGGCUGGCAUCCAAUAGGGACAUUGGUUUGAGUCCUGGCUGCUCCAUGCCCAGUCCAGCUUCCUGCUAAUGUGCCUGGGAAAGCAGUGGAAGAUGGCCCAAGUACCCACGUGAGAAACUCAGCUGAAGCUCCUGGCUCCUGGCUUUAGCCUGGCCGAGCCCUGGUGAUUGUGGCCAUUGAGUGAAACAGCGGUUGGAAGAUUCUUGUUUACUCUCUCUGUGCCUCUCUCUCUGUAAC